AUGAACUGUGCCAUUGCGAAAGCAACAAGGACUCUCCUGUGUUCUGCUUGCGGCAGCCGGUCUUUUGCCGCAACCAGGCUCUGGCAGGAGGGGAGGAUCAAGUGCAGCGAUGGGGUGGAUGCCCAGAUCAGCUACCUUCAGGCACCGGGCCAUGGAGCCCGGCCGUACCUGGCGAUGGGUGCGGCCGGUGCCUCGUCACCAGGCGUCGGGGAGCCGGUACAGUAUGCACCCCAGGCCCGCUUCAUUUGCGAUGCGCGGCGGGAGCAGCCCAGCCUCGAUCGCGAGGGUGCUGUUCUUCGACGUCAGGAAACUGCGCUCAGGCAGCAGGAUUUCUACGACGAGCAAAGAAUCAUCGAUGCGUACUACAAAGAGAUCUGCGAAGUCGUGAAAUCAGCGACAGGUGCAGAUCAAGUCAUUGCAUUCCACCACAUUGUCCGCAACGAACGUCUGGCCCUGCAACUGGCCGAUGGAGAUGCCAGCAAACUCUCCGGCUUCGACAACGGCAGCGGUGGCGUGGGCGGGUACGCAAGGAAUGCCCAUGCUGACUACACGACGGCGACUGCGGUCGGCGCUGCGCGCCAGGCUUUGUGCUCCGUUGACGAUGAAGAGAUAGUCAAGCGGUGUGCCGGCAGUCGGUUUGCGCUGGUCAACGCCUGGCGAAGCAUCAGUGAUUCUUCACCCGUCGUGACUCAUCCGCUGGCAUUACUGGAUGCCACGACGGUGUGCGAGGAUGAUGUCGUGCUGGUGGACCUUCUCUACCCAGGCUUUGUUUCGGAGUCGCUGCAGAUCACCUUCUCGCCAAAGCACCGCUGGCUCUACUGGCCAUGUAUGGUCAAAGAUGAGGUGGUGCUCUUCAAGCAGUAUGACUCCGACAGGAGGAGGGCCCAGCACGCCUUCCACUGCGCCUUCGAAGAAUCGGCCCUCGGGCCGGCCCGGGAAUCCAUCGAGGUCCGCACCGUGGCGUUCUUCUGCGCCGAACCUGCUACGGAGGACCUGCUGCAACGAGGUAAGUCACUGGGUGCAGAAGAGGUUAGGCCCUGA